GAAGCAAUUUUCUUUAUCCGAUCGAAAAAUCUAACGGUUUUCACAGAAAAAUUAACGUGCGCGCGAUGCAGCGAGUCGCAUUCGACAGCGCUGCUUCGUCCUGAGAAAAACUGGGUCUAUCGGGUGUCGCGAAACUCGAGCGAGGAAAGCAGCAGUUCGACCGUGGGGUUCCGGGGCAUUGAAUCUGCGCACGUCCGACGACGCUUGUCGCAUUGACCGUUAAUUCGCUCAUCGGUACGGUGCGCCAUUGGAGAGAAACGCGUGCGAGAAAUUCGCGAUCCACUUAUGCCUCCGAUGUAGGUUAUAACUUUGGAUCGCUCGUGUUCCACGGAGUCAUAAAGUGGCGAGCGUCGUCGCACCGGAUCGGGGUACGCGCCGCUCCUCGGAGGAUAUCUCCUGCGUAACACACCCCGCGGGGAAUGGGAUCCUUGUAAUCUCCUCAAGACCCACGUUACAGUGGGUCGUGUUUCAUCGCUGCCUCCCGAAUGUCAAAGGUGGCAGGGAACGCCGAAUAAACGGGGUUUGGACUGAAAACGAGAGAUUUUUCUGAAUCCUGAAGCGACUCUGAAACGUUUUUAUCGUUUUCAUGCACGCUUUUGCUCACGCAGCACUGCUCAACUGCGCGAGCCCGGACUCAAGCUCGCAACAGGCUCACUCCGCAAGCUUCUACUCCCGAAGGAGCUUCGAGACGAGCGCGAGGAGGGAGAAAUUUGUCGCAAGGACGCCGGAGAAAUGGGCCGGAAGGUAAAAGAGGGAGUUCGCACGACGUAACGCGCGAGUUUAUUUUUCAGCGUAAUUUUUAUUCGAGGCUUAGUAACGCGCCGUGUCCAACAUAAAUCUUCCCACGUUGGAAGAAAGUCUUGAGAGCUUCUGUCCGCAAAAGUUCGCGUCGUUUGCCUCCUCCGUAGCGUUGCCUUCGUCGACGUAGUCCUCCUCGUCUUCGCCUUCGUCGUCGUCGUCGUCGUCGUCGUCGUCGCUGCUGCUACUGUAGCAUUUUAACGGGGAUAUAGGUAUAAGAACUCGUGAACGGGGAGUAGCUCGAGACAGUGUCCGGCAUAACGCACCACACCCAGUCGCCGGAGAGCGAGCCCAGACAUGGCUUUACACAGCAGAGCAAUCUUGUUACUAUGCAUUCUUGGAUACGCGAGUGCGCAGUAUUCCGAGGUCGACGUUUUGCCCCAGCGAACCGGCACGACCUCGAAGCCUCGUUAUCAAAAGCUCCACAACCCUCGACUCGCUAACGGAGCGCAGCUUCAACCGAUCGGUGGAUCGGCACGUCCCCGACGACCCAUUCCGCUGAGCCGACCGCGUCCGGUGCCCACGAGCGAUGCUCCAGGAUUGGCCAGCUUCGCGAAUGCCAGGCCAAGGCCCGUGUUCAUUUCGCCCCUCGCUGUAAAGGCCGCCAGCAUUCCAGCCGGUGCUCAGGAGCGACAGCAGCAGGAAAACAACCAGCAGGACAAGCAAUCGCAGCAGCAACAACGACAACAGGAAAAACAACUGCAGCAACAAUCAUUGAUAAAACCGGUGAGCGAAGAGGCCGAAGAAGAGGAAGAGGACGUGGCACAAGCGAUCGCCAGCCUCGGGGCUGUCUCGAGCUUUUCUCCACAGUCUGGCAACCUCGUCGGCGGCCCAUUGACCCCCAAACCUGAUCUUGGCUUGGGACAAUUUCGCGGAGCUUCUCCGUCGCCACCUCUCGCUCGGCCUGCGCCCCUGCCCGAACAAAACCCCCCUCCCGUACAGUACAGACCGCAAAAGCCCUACAAACUCCGCAAACCCGUUGUCGAAGAUGUACCAGAGGUCAGAAUCACUGCGAGACAACACCAGCAACCGCAGCCUCCCGUAAGGAGCCCGUCAAAAGCCCCCGAAAUCAGGGACAGGUAUUCCGAAUCGCCACGUGAUAAUUACUCCGAAACCCGUGCCAAGUAUCCUGAGCCACCGCGCGACGGGGCGACUCGGGACAAAAAACCGGUCGCACAGAUAAUCCGACGAUGGAGGGAAGACAAUCCGGACGGCUCGAUAACGUGGGGUUUCGAGAACGACGACGGUUCGUACAAGGAGGAAUUGAUCGGUGUCGAUUGCAUAACUCGUGGUAAAUACGGUUACAUAGAUUUGGAUGGUUUUCGUCGGGAAUACACUUACGAGACUGGAAUAAAAUGCGACGAGGAACAGCAGGAAGAAGAACGGGAAAAUGGCUUCGUCGAUUAUCAGGAGAACAAGCUCGUUUUACCGAACGGUAAAACGAUCGAUUUAUCGAGCAUGGGGAAAAAACAAGCUCGACGACCGCAGCCCAUUUAUAAUUAGGCUCGUACGUUCUUCGUAAAAAUUUGUACAUUUUUUGUCUCAUUCGUUUUUUUAGUAAACCUUUACUAUACAAAAAUCAAA